ACCAUAUUCUUCAUCUUUACAAGAUAUCCACAUAACAAAGAAGCAAAGAAUAGAGGAUCAAUGGAAGGUUUAAUACCAGCGGUGUAUAAGGCCGUGAAGAAGAACCUUACUCGCCGUCGCUACGAGCGUAUCUCCUCCACCACAACUCGUGAGUCUUAUCACAACGAAAUGAACGUGGACGGUCACCAUCGACGUCGCUGGUCUGUUGGAGAUAACCCAUCAUUAUCAAGCUGGGAAACAAAAAGAGACGGCGGAGGUACGGAGAAGAAGAGUUGUUCCCCGUCGCGUGAAGGUCAGCUCGUGAGGUUUAAGAGCCAUCGUUUGUUUUCUUGCUUCACAGGUCAAUAGUAUACUUAACAAAUUCAAGAAAAUAGGAUAUAUGAAUGUUUUUCGUGUUUGGUUAACUUAUGAUAUGGAUCAUGUACGUACUAGUUAUCAUGGUGAUGAUCUUCUCAUGAAGUUUACAGUAUGGGGGGUUUGUUGUGAAAAUGUAUAUUUGAUGGGUCCUAAACGAGAAAAAGAAAACUUGUAUGGGUCAAAGUGUCAAAAUAUCUAUAAUCCAAAGAAGACAAUGCGCCUUCAGCUCUCUAGAAAGUGAGAGUGCGUCUGUAGAUAACAUCAUUGUCACCCUCAUCUACUUAUUCAUCAUCAGACACAAUCACACAACCACCAUUACUAGGCAUAUCUAACUUGCCAUCCAUAUCAAACACUGGACCUUUAUUGUCUGCACCGAUAGAGUUUCAUUCCAACCGUUUCUUAGAAAGAAGAGUAACAUUUAUUGUAAAGAGGUUAACAUGAACAAUGCAAUGGAAAGUUCUUGGAUAGACCCAAAAAAAAGAGCUACAAAACACCAGUUGGUGUAACAGCAAACAACACUGCUAGUUUCGAAAUACAGAAGAAGUGAGAACCAAACAUCUAACUUUCACAGCUCAUGAUUUGGAAAAAUCUAUCUUAGCUCUUCUAGAACCACCAUUU